CUCUACUGCUACCUACUCUCGCAAAAAUGGCCCCCGUAGCAAAGGUCGCCGUGAUCCAGCUCCAUCCCAAGCCCCUCGAGCCCGAAUUCAAUUUCAACAAGGCUGCUGCCUUCAUCAAGUCCGCUGCUUCUCAAGGUGCCGAACUUGCUGUGCUUCCUGAAUAUCAUCUCACAAGUUGGCUCCCCAAAGAGCCGGGCUUCCUCAAACUAUGUGACCAAUGGGAAACCUACUUGAAGAAGUACCAAGCCCUGGCCAAGGAGUGCGGGAUCUGCAUCGUGCCGGGCACCCUUGUCGAGAGGCAUCGGGACGCCGAGAAAGAAGAAGACAGGUUGUUGAAUGUAGCAUACUUCAUCAAUCAGAACGGCGACAUCAUCGGCAAAUAUGUUAAGAAGAAUCUAUGGGGCCCUGAACGGGAACACCUAACCGGCUCCGGACGUGAUGUUCAUGAAGUCUUCGACACGUCGCUGGGAAAGGUGGGCUUGCUGGUGUGCUGGGAUUUAGCAUUCCCCGAAGCUUUCAGAGAGCUCAUUGCAAAUGGAGCCAGAAUCAUCAUAGUCCCAACAUUCUGGACACUGAAUGAUUGCUCACCGAAGGGCUUGCAAUACAACCCAGCUUCAGAAGCACUAUUCCUUGACAGUAUUCUGACAGCUAGGGCAUUCGAGAACACGUGUGCCAUUAUCUUUGCCAACGCCGGCGGUCCUCCUGGCGAAGGCUACGCCGGUCUUUCUCAAGUCACUGUACCCUAUGUCGGUGCCCUCACCAGACUAGGCGGCAGUGCUGAAGGCAUGAGCGUUGUCGAUCUCGACCUCAGCAUUCUGGAUGAUGCCGAAGAUAAUUAUAGGGUUCGCGAAGACCUGGCAAGGCAUGACUGGCACUAUGAUUAUAGGCACCGCGCCAAAGGCAACUUGUGAUAGAUGAACGUAGGCAUGAGACCCCGUUGAUUUAUAACCACGUAUGCUUUGGUGUUUGCUGUAGGGUUGAGUUUGCUUAUAACCGCACGGUGAAACGUCGACUGGAC